GUCCCAACAAAUUUGGGUGCCAGGGUUUAUUUUGUGGAAUACCACCUUCAUCAAAACCCUCCAGCUUCCCCUUCGUCUCAAAAUCAGAUGUAUUGGGAUCCCAUGUUGCCCAAUCAGGUUCUUCAAAACCCACCAAUCUUGCAAAACCCUCCCUACCAUCAAAACACCAACCCCAACUUUGAUCAUCUUCUUUUUCCCGGAAACAAUACCAACAAUCUUAUCAACAACAAUAACGGGUUUUCGACAGUGGGAUUUAACAGUAACAAUGAGUUUUCGACAUUGGGAUUUGGAACAGGUGGGGGAGGUCCUCAUGAUUUUGCUGCUGAUCAGACUCAUGAUCAACUCGCAGCUUCUUUGAAUCAGCUGACCAUAUCCAAUAAUGGUAGUUCAGGCAAUCAAAGAAUACCCAACAACUAUAUGCCUAGCUCUACAAUCCUAGGCAAUGGUGGGUUCAGUACUCUAGAGCAGGAAUAUUUGGAGAGGUUGAACCAAUAUGCUUUCUUAAUGGCUGAGCAGUACAUGAGGCAUUCGAAUCCCACUGCUGCUAACAAUGGAAUACUCAAUCCCCAUAGUUGGAAUCGGAAUAGCACCAGUAGUAGUAGGAGCACUAGUCAAUCGAUCUAUGGGGAUCAAUUUGGAUUAGGUUUUAACCAAAUUAGGUCUAGUUCUAGUUCUCAGCGGAAUAGGGUUAGCAGGGGAUCAAGGUUUGCUAAUGGGGCUGGAAGACAGCGUUUCGGGCAAGAAGAAAGGAGCCAAGGCCUGAAUUUGAUGUCCACUAAAGAUCAAAGGCUUGGCAAUGGGUCUGCACGGCGGCAUAUACCAAGUUAUUACUCUGUCCCUUUGGAAGAGUUGAGGGGCCAAAUUGCUUUUGUGGCCAAAGAUCAUGUUGGAUGUCGAUUUUUACAAAAGAAGAUUGAGGAGGGUAAGAUGGAAGAGAUUGAAAUGAUUUUUAAUGAGGUUAUGAAGGAGGGUCAUGAUCAUUUGCGCGAGCUAAUGGUAGAUCAAUUUGGGACUGAAUUUAUUCAAAAACUUGUGGAGGGGACUAACAGGGACGGAUGGACCAAAAUGCUUGAUUUGGUGAUGAGUGAUGAGAGGAAACUCAAGGAUAUGUGCACUGACCAGCAUGGAAGUCGUGCCAUGCAGAAGUUGCUGGAGCGGGUUGAAACCCGAGAGCAACAGGCCUCGUUUAUGCGGGUUCUGAAGCGAAUCACAAUUCCGCUGAGCAAAACUCAGCCUGGUUAUUAUGUGAUUCAAGUUUGCUUGAAAAAUUUCUCUCCUGACUGCACCAAGGGUGUUCUGGAAUUAGUGCUAGAUAACUGCCUUGCAUUAGCAAAAGACAAAUUUGGGUGUUGCUUAGUGCAAAGCAGUGUGCAUUAUGCGUAUACUGAAGCUAAGGAGCGUCUUGUGGCUGACAUAACUGAGCAUGCUCGAGUCCUCUCUGAAGAUCCUUACGGGAACUAUGUUGUGCAGUACAUAAUUGGACUAAAAAUACCUCGUGUAACAGUAGACAUUUUAGGUCAGCUUCAGGGGUAUUUUGUUAAUUUGUCGAUGAACAAGCAUGGAAGUAAUGUAGUUGAGAAAACCCUGAAAGAGGCUGGAGAAGAACAUGCCAAUAUGAUUAUUAAUGAGAUGAUUAACAGUCCUGAGUUUCUGAAUGUUCUUCAAAAUCCUUAUGGGAAUUAUGUUGCUCAGUCUGCUCUUGCAGUAUCCAAGGGAUCUGUUCACAAUGCUCUUGUUAACCUCAUUCGGAGCAAUUACCCUCAUCUGCACAGCCAUCUGUAUGGGAAAAGGGUGCUUGACAAAACCAGAGGAGGCAGACAUCGUGCAUAAGCAAGCAACGCAGCAUGUAAACUAUAUAUAAAUGUAGUUCAAAAUCAGCUGCAGGAAGGUCUAACAGCUCUUAGCUUCUAGAUCAUUUUGGGCAUUUGUUAUAUGUCACCAUUAGUUGCUCCUCUGUGUUUUUAGACUAAACCUUAACUGUGUUUCGCUAGGCAAGAAUAUAUUAGUACCAACCUUCUUGUGGUUGCUAGGUACAAUAUAUUAGGGGCAGUCUUAAAACUUGUUGUUGUUUCCGCUUUUAGGCUUGUGUUUGGUUGUUGGUUGUGUGUUUUUCUGGUAGGGAAGUUUAGCGUGCAGGAAAAGGAAUCUGCUCUAUAAUAUGGCAUGUUUGGAGUGAUUUUGAUGCACUACGCAAGCCACUGUGUGGAAGUUUGUAGAGUAUGGGGGCUUCCCAGUGUUUUGUA